AUGGAGUCACCGAUAAAAAGAGUGGCUGUCAUUGGAGGUGGAUUUGCUGGACUGUGUUCAGUAGCAACUUUGAUGGAGGAAGGAGGUUUUGAACCGGUGUGUUUCGAAAAAACUGACAAACCAGGUGGGACGUGGUGUUACAGAGAUGAAGCCAUUGAAGGUGUUGCUUCCAUCAUGCCUACCACCAUUAUCAACCACAGUAAAGAGAUGGGUGCCCUGAGUAAUUAUCCGCCGCCCAAAGAAUGCAGCAACUUUAUGCGGCACAAAGAACUCUAUCGAAACGUUAUAGAGGGAGCAAAAGAACGAGACCUUCUAAAAUACAUCCAGUGCAACACGGAAGUAAUUUCUGUAAAAAGAACAGCAGACUAUGAGCAAACGGGCAAAUGGAUGGUGACAGUGAAGAACACAGCUUCUGGUGAAAUAACUGAAGAUAUUUACGAUGGCGUGUUAGCUUGUGUCGGACACAUAAAUCGACCAAAAAUGCCGAGUUUUCCUGGCCAAAACUCAUAUAAAGGAGAAAUCAUACACACGCAUAGUCUUAGAGGAGUUGAAUCGUACCGAAAUAAAAGAGUGAUUGUGGUAGGUAUGGGUUGCUCUGGAUUAGAUGCUGCUGUAGAAAUAAGCAAUGUUGCAGAACAAGUAUAUCUUAGCACUAGAUCCGGCGCACAUGUGCUUCAACGUGUCGGACCUCAUGGAUAUCCAUAUGAUUACGUAUUGCUUAGGCGCUGUAUUUUCUUCUUGUUUGAUAUACUUCCAUCAAAUGCUGUUAGUUGGCUUUUAGAGUCUCUUUAUUUAGAUCCACAAUUCAAUCACAAUAUAUAUGCUGUGAAACCUACUCAUCAUAUCUUCUCUAAAGAUCCUGUCAUUAAUGAUCAUAUAACAUCUAAAUUACUUUCUGGAUCCGUGAAGCAGAAGCCUAACAUCAAAAGAUUCACUGAAGAUGGCGUAAUUUUUGAAGGAGAUAAUGAAGUGACCAAAGCUGAUGCGGUUAUUAUGGCCACCGGCUACACUUGGAAAUUUCCUUUUCUUGAAAAGGGCAUUAUUAUGGAGGAAGAGGGUAAAAUCAAUCUGUACAAAUGCAUGUUUCCGAUUAAUCUGAAGCAUGCUACUUUUGCAGUGAUUGGAUUUGUUCUACCAUUUGGUCCAGGAUUUCCUAUAGGAGAGCUCCAGUGUCGAUGGGCAGCUCAAGUUUUAGCUGGUAAAUGCAGCCUUCCUUCUAAAUAUAAGAUGAUUAAGGAGAUUAACGACAGAUUCAUGCACAAUAAAACAAGAUACGCACCGAAUGAAAAAAUGUCGAUUCGAGUUGAUUACAUUAAGUACUGCGAUGAUAUAGCAUCACAGUUUGGAGCUAAGCCUAAUUUCUUAAAAUUGUUCCUAACAGACCCAAAAUUAUUUUUCCAUUUGAUUUUUGGACCCAGCCUCCCUUACCAAUAUCGACUGCAGGGACCUCAUUCUUGGGAUGGAGCUCGGAAUGCUAUAGUGCCUGUUGAUUGGUUAACUACAUCUUCAAAAAAAGAAUUCCCUGCAAGUUAA